CUCGUAUAUCGACUCACCGAUAUAUUCGACCCCAUAUAUCGACUCUUUUGUGAACUCUUUGCUGAGUCUUGCGAACCUACGAACUCCCUGUACGAACCUACGCACGAAGGAUUAUUCCUGUACGAAUUCUACGCUUAGAUCCCCCGUAUAAGCCUACGUCACGAACCUACGCUAGAGGCCUACGCGAGAAAACUCUCGGUAUUAGCACUAGGUAGGAAUCAACGUAGUGAGCCUACGGAUUCGGACUUUCCGUCAGAAUCGACCUGCAAGAACCUGACGUACGAAGCCUACGUACAACCUACGGUGUGUCGACCCACGCACCGAACAACGCACCAAAUCUCUGGAUCUGGUCUCGCAGAUACAAAUCAUCAAAAUGGCAGGACAAAGUGGCAACGAUACCGACCAGGCGAUGACAGAAAAGAAGACACUCGACGCUACCGUCAAGGCGAAGAUAAAAGAAUAUACGAACACAUACGAUUCACGUCUGUUAAGAGCGUUCAAACAAGACUUCGAUAAGUGGACUUUGAAUAACUUCAAUACCGUGUCCGUCACCGAACUCGGGAAACUAGUUGAUUUGCUUCAAACCAACGAGCCAUUAAAUGAAGUCCAACAAGCCCUAAAUUUGGCUAUCUUCGCACCGUCAACACAAUCCAUUUCUCAGGCACUUGUUCAACUCACGAAGAUGUAUUCAGACAACCAAAAGUACAGUGGAAAUGAGGAUUCCUACAGGUCAAAGCUUCGAAUCUUCAACGACUACUGUGAACGUCUAUCCCUACCAAAGAAUGUAUAUAAACUCGCUUUCCCAACAAUGCUUAAAGGCCAAGCCUUGGAUUUUUACUAUGACAACAAGGAAAUAUGGGAAGCAAGUGACCGUGACCCCGUUGAAGGAAUUCGUGCCUAUUUCGAAGGCCCGGAAUAUCAUCGAACCGUACUAGAUAAGUGGAGCGGAAUUUCGCUUCAAAAUACAGUCAAUGAGGACCCAGAGAAGACAUUAAAAGUGUGUCUCAACAUGAUGCUAACAGAACUUGCAAGUUUAUACGACCACUUAGCUCCAAAACUACGCAACGAAGAAUUUUACCUUGCAAGACUUUUACAGGCAACUCAUAUAUAUCUGGCAUGCCAACUUGCAACUUCAAAGCAACAAGAUACAGUUCCUGGACUAACCCGUGAUUUACAAUCAGGUGUCAGCCAGUACAAGGAUAUAAUAAAAGCCACGAAUGGGCACCGCACUGCAAACCCCAGCACCAAUAUAUACUUUACAGAUCGACGGUAUUACAACCAACAGUCACGCUCACCCUCUCAAGGCCAUUCACCACGACAGCACUCCAAUCAAAGAGGCAGGAAAAAGUGCUUCGUAUGUCAAAAACCUGACUGCUGGUCAACACGUCAUACGCCCAAGGAAAGAGCGGAUUCGAAACGCCGUUAUUUGGACCACUUUAACAAGCGUAUUGAUCAAUAUAUUGCCGACUACGAGGGCACAGAGGAUGACGAUGAGGAACUGCCAGAGGAACUCUUAUCAGCUGCUGAUGACCUUAUUCUGACAGACGAUUACAAAUCCAGACCUACACACGAUGCCUCGUCAACCCUGUUCACAGCCACAUUCUUUACAACGCACAACAAUAAUGACACGAACCAUGGUCCGUCAAUAACCAUGGAACUAGCAAACCGUUCCGCUUCGCACUGGAUUGCCUUACUAUUCCUGAAGCCUGAUUUGGAAACUAAUUCAUAUAAAACCAACGAAGCAACUCUCAAGGUUCUAAACCCCGAAUCAAGCCACGUCUAUCUAAAUGAGAGCCGCUAUUCGUCAGAAAGCUUUAAGGGUAUUGUUAUCGACACUGGCGCCGCGCAACUCUCUACAGCUGGAUAUGGGCAAUACCUUGCUUACAAGAGAAUCGUCAGAAAUAUCGAUAUUAAUACUACAACGGCUGGCACGGCAACAGUUCAAUUUGGACCUGGCGAUCCCUAUCAGUCAAUAGGAUCAAUCGACGUGCCUACACCUAUUAGUACUAUACGGUUCCAUAUCCUGACAACCACGAUACCGUUCCUAAUGUUGCUGUACGAACUUGACAGACUAAAACUUUAUUUUAACAAUACCUGCAAUCUCCUUGUCAAUAAGAAAAUGGGAAAAAUAACACCAGUUAUUCAUCAGUUUGGCCAUCCAUUCCUUGUAUGGGACUACUCCUACCAUACCCACUUACUUACCUUAUUUGACUACAACCCCUGCCUCCUUACUGAUACCGAAUUACGCCGUCUACACCAUUGA